AUGUCACUUCUUACCCUAGUACUAUGUGCCGCUCUAACACUGUUCCUGUGUCGAUGCAUAUAUCGCAUAACCUUGCACCCGUUGUCCAAAAUCCCUGGUCCACUGCUGAACUGCAUCUCGAGCUGGCCUGACUUUUUUUCAGCUGCGUCAGGCGACCGCCACGUCCGACUGUGGCAGUUGCAUGAGAUCUACGGGCCAACGGUUCGCAUCGCUCCAAAUCGAGUAUCCACAAACACCAUAGCCGCAUUUAAAUCAAUAUAUGACGCCAGGGCCAACGUCCAGCAAGGUCCACUGUAUCGGACAUUUAUAGCUUCAAAUCGAGGGCGAGUUGAUCUGCUUGAUUCAGAAGGAGAAGUACAUAGCCGAAAGCGGAAGAUCAUUUCCCGCGCAUUUUCCGAAAAGGGCUUGCGUUUGAAGGAGGACUCAAUCAUAGAGCAUCAAAACACAUGGUUGGAGGAAGUCACAAAAACAUUGCAAGAUGGUGGCGACCACGAGGCUGGCCACAUGUGGACUGCGCCCGUCAACAUGUCGGAAUGGCUUCCUUAUCUGACUACGGAUAUUGUUGGCGAAGUUGGUUUUGGGAAAAGUUUUGAGCUUACGACUAAUAAGCGUUUUCGAUUUUUACCUCAAGCAUUCAAAGGGCUUGUGACGACCAACUUCAUGGUUGGCCAUCUACCACCCACUCUCCAAUCUGGACUCAACUCUGUUUUAAAAUCUCCGAUCAUGAGUCUGGUCAUCCCACCCGAAGUUUUAAACUUUGACAAGUUUACCAAUGAACUUAUAUCUGAACGAGUCGCCCAGGAACUAAGUGAGAGCCCAGCCACCGCUUUUGAAAAGGGAAACGAUGACUUUGUCACUUUAUUCCGUGACGAAGACGGGGGUCUUAGCACAAGCUCUAUCGAUGAGAUCAAGUCAGAAGCGACUACCUUACUUGUUGCCGGGUCUGAUACAGUCUCCACCGCUAUCUCAGGCUUGCUUUUUUAUUUGACGCACAAUCCGCGAUGCUUGGAAAAACUCAAUGUCGAAAUUAGAUCCAGAUUUUCAACGGUUGUUGACAUCAGACGUGGAUAUGAACUUUCUGGUGCAAAGUACUUGAGGGCUUGUAUUGAUGAGACUUUACGAAUGUCUCCACCGACUCCUGGCUACCUUGGACGUAGUGUAUUGGAAGGUGGGAUAACGAUUGACGGGCAGUAUUUUCCAGCCGGGGUUGAGCUUGGUGCUCCGGUCUAUGCUCUACACCACAACUCAGAUUAUUAUCCACGCCCAAACGAUUUUUUGCCAGAGAGAUGGCUACAGGAGAUAGAUGGAAAACCCAGGGCUGAAGUUAUUUCUCAAGAUCCGGCACUCGCAAGAGCCGCUUUUGCUGCUUUCAGUACGGGCCGGCAUGGCUGCGCAGGCAAGGAAUUUGCGUAUCUAGAGAUUACGCUAUUCAUAGCAAGGCUCGUCUACCAGUACAAUAUCCAAUUAGCGGAUGAUGAGAAAAAGAGGAGCGUUGGAGAAGGACAAGGACCUUACGGGCCAUGGGGGAGUCGCAUUAGGGGGCAUUUUCAGAUUCAAGAUCAUUUCACUGGAAAUGGAUAUGGCCCUUGGAUUCAGUUCCGGCGACGUUAG